AUGUUUAUUGGUCCUAUAGGUGCACUAGGUUCAAACCGGGGCUCGCCUAGAGCAGCAAGCACCCGUCCUAAGCCGUCUGCAGCUGCAGGAAGCCGCUGUCGUUACUGCCGGCACCUGAGGACGGCGAGUGCCAACCAGCGCUUUUGGCAACAAGAGUACUCGGGGACCGGUCCGGGGGUGACAAGACGCUCGUCUGCUGCGCUACGACGCAGGUGUCGUGGAACACGCUGGACGCUUGCAGCACCGACGCCUGCACGACGGCCUGGUGAGCGGUUUGGACGUCUCCACUUUCUGGGGCGACAAGCGUUGCUGGGGACGUGUCGGCCUCUAAUAGAGGCACCUGCUCAUAACUGUCGACGAAUUGCUGCUGCAGUGCAGAUUAGUGCACCGAUUGCUGUUCUAUGGAAGGUACUGACAGACUAUAAUCACUUGGCGGAGUUUAUUCCGAACCUUGCUGUGUCCCGUACGUGCCCGCAUCCGAGCGGCGGAAUUCGGCUGCAGCAGGAAGGUAUCCAGAACGUUUUUGGGUUCCGUUUUCGCGCCGCAGUGCUCAUGGACAUGAGUGAGGUGGUAGGCAACCCAGACGAGGUGCCGCAGCGACGGAGUAUCUAUUUUGACAUGGUUCAAAGUCGGGACUUUAGUCGCUUCGAGGGUGAAUGGUAUCUCGAGGAAAUAAGAGAAACCGCAGACGAUGCUGGGAGCGUAUCACCAGCAGAGGAGGAUCGUGCAGCUGCCGAGGGCGGUGACGCUACACAUCCUGUACCCAGUACGAUCCUAGGCUACGUGGUUGAGAUCGUACCCCGUCAUAUGGUUCCCGUGCGAUUGGUAGAAUGGCGCAUUCGGGAGGAUCUCGUACCGAAUCUACUCGCUGUGAAGCGCGAAGCUGAAAGAAGAUAUCUUGAAGCGUACCGAUCGGAAGCGAUGCUGCAAGCGCAGCGAGAAUCACCACCUUCGGGCUGA